GGCGGCGGAGGCUCCGCUCUCGGGGAGUUUGUGGGGGAACCGCGAGCGGCGUAGCGGAUCCCGGAGCCCGGCCCCCGCUGCCCGCCCGUCUGGCCGCCUGCCCCGCCCGUCCGGCCCUUGCCGUCCGCCCGCCCGGGCCAGGCGCGCCCGCCCCCCCGACGGCCCCGCCCGACCGCGGCCCCCGCUCCGCCCGCCCGGCCCCGGCCCCCAGGAGGAGGCGCUGACGCAGCAGCGUGGAGCCCGGGAAUUGAGCGCCCCCGGGGGGUUCCAGCCGCCGGAUUCCAGCCCGGCCGGGGCCUGCGGGCGCCCAAAGCCGCGCCGUCCGCGUCGCUCGUCCCGAUUGGAGGGAUUCCAUGACACACACUCGGAGGAAGUCCCUUCCUAUGCUUAGUUCUGGCCCCACUGGCCGAGGGGAGCCCCUGCAGAUGGAAGACAGCAAUAUGGAACAGGGGACUGAAGAUGUGGAGCCAGGCAUGCCUGAGAGCCCUGGGCAUCUCCCAGGGCGCCGCAAGAACUACCCAUUGCGUAAGCGUUCACUGGUUCCAGGAAAGCCCAAGGCCUGCAAAGUGCUGCUGACUCGCCUGGAAAACGUGGCUGGUCCACGAAGUGCAGAUGAGGCUGAUGAGCUGCCCCCUGACCUGCCCAAGCCCCCUAGUCCGGCCCCUUCCAGUGAGGACACUGGCCUUGUGCAGCCCCGCAAGCGGCGCCUGGCCUCUCUCAACGCAGAGGCCCUCAAUAAUCUGCUGUUGGAGCGGGAAGACACAGGCAGCCUGGCAGGUGCCCGCCGAAACCGAGGCGGGGACCCUCACCGUAGCCGGGACCGGGCCACAGGGACCUGGUCUUCCUCUAAGAAGCGACCUCGACUGGGAGACCUUGGAAAAGGAAGUCGAGACCAGUCCCCAGAGCCAGCCCCAGAUGAAGGUGCCCGACGAGAUGGAGACCCAGCUCCCAAGAGACUGGCUAGCCUAAACGCAGCUGCCUUCUUGAAACUCAGCCAGGAGCGGGAGCUACCUCUUCGACCCUCUCGUGCCCAGGCUGAAGCAGAUGGGCGCUCCGCUGAGCCCCUGGCACCCAAGAUUCUGCGGCCAAAGUGGGCCAAGGUCAGUAACAAGAACUGUCCCAAGGCUCGGCAGGGGACUGGCUCUGGGGAGACUUCAGGGACCCCCAGCUGGCAAGAACAGCCUGAUGAACCUUGUCCAUCUGCUAUUCCUCGUGGGCCACCUAUCCAGCCAUCUCGCCAGGCCCCAGGCAAGGCUCUGGAGGACCCCUUGCGCCCCCACCUGCCUCUGCUGAUGGGUGGGCAAGCAGCCCUGAAGCCAGAGCCAGGCCGUCCAGGUGAAGAGUCACCCGCCCCCAAGCAGGAACUGCACCAGCCCUCCUUCCCUGCACCUCAGCUGUCUCCACUGCCGUUGCCUGGCAAUCCAGCAGACUACAGUGGUCUAUGCGGAGGGCCUGAGCUCACUGCCCUGGGCAGCUUCUACCUGUACUGUGGCCAAGACGGGCUGCAGUGUGGGAGCUACUCCCCUUGCCCCAUGCUCCCAGAAGGCAAGCUGACUCCGGUGGCAGCCCCCAAUGAGGGGCUUCUCAUGUCCCCGAGCUCAGUGCCCUCUGGCAUCCCUUUCCAACACCCUCCUUGGAGCUCAUCUCGCUACUGCUCCAGUGAGGACACUGGAGCGAAUGGCUACAGCGUUUGUGGGGUGCUGCCCCUGCCUCUCGCCCACAUUGGCACUACCUGUGGCGGCUGCCCCUACAAAAUGCCUUUUACAGCAGAAGGCUGCAGGUCCCUCGGCCAGCUGGAAUUUCCUCUCCCAGAAGCUGGCCACCCAGCCUCACCUGCUCACCCCCUCCUGGGAUGCCCUGUGCCCAGUGUGCCACCUGCAGCAGAGCCCAUCCCCCAUCUUCAGACACCCACCUCGGAGCCCCAGACGGUAGCCCGGGCAUGCCCUCAGAGCGCCAAGCCUCCAAGUGGUUCCAAGUCUGGCCUGCGCACAGGCUCUAGCUGUAGGUACACUGUGAGGAGCAAGGCUGCCCGCAGACCCAGCCACCCCAAGCAGCCGCGUGCUCAGUGCCCACGUCCUCGCCGCCGCCGUCGCCGCCGCACUAAUGGCUGGGUGCCUGUCGGUGCCGCCUGUGAGAAGGCAGUGUAUGUCCUGGAUGAGCCAGAACCUGCCAUCCGAAAGAGCUACCAGGCAGUUGAGCGACAUGGAGAGACAAUCCGAGUUCGCGACACUGUCCUCCUCAAGUCAGGCCCAAGAAAGACGUCUACACCUUAUGUGGCCAAGAUCUCCGCCCUCUGGGAGAACCCUGAGUCAGGAGAACUGAUGAUGAGCCUCCUGUGGUAUUACAGGCCUGAGCACUUACAGGGAGGCCGCAGCCCCAGCAUGCAUGAGCCUUUGCAGAAUGAAGUUUUUGCAUCGAGACAUCAGGACCAGAACAGUGUGGCCUGCAUCGAAGAGAAGUGCUAUGUGCUAACCUUUGCUGAGUACUGCAGGUUCUGUGCCAUGGCCAAACGCCGAGGCGAGGGCCUUCCCAGCCGAAAGACAGCACUGGUGCCCCCAUCUUCAGACUACUCCACCCCACCACACCGCACAGUGCCAGAGGACACGGAUCCUGAGCUGGUGUUCCUUUGCCGCCAUGUCUAUGACUUCCGCCAUGGCCGCAUCCUCAAGAACCCCCAGUAGCUCCUGUCUUCGUGCUCACACUGGGGCUGCCUUCGGGAGAGUGGGGCCUGGGGUAGGGGCACUGCUUGAAGCACAGCACUUGGUUAAGGGCCAUGGGAUGCUGGCCUGUGGUUCUCUUGGGGGGGAGGGAGGGCAGGGGCCCUAUGGAUUCUGGGCCACAUGGGAGAAAGGGAGGCCAGGACACAAGAAAGUUAUCUGAGUCCUCAGCUUGGCCUGGGGUACCUAUUUGGGCACCCCAGCGUGGAGACUCCUGAAGAUUCAGUCUUCCCUGAGGUUGGGCCAGACCUGAGGGACAUGGGUCAAGGUAGGGCAGGGGCAAGUAGAAGGGUUAAAGUCCUUCCAGAAACAGGCCCAGCAACCCCUUUUCUAGCCUCCUAGGCCUUCCAAGGGUAGCAGGAGCCAGCUUUACCUCACCCACUGUGACCCGCUGCUUCCCAUCAGCCUGGGAUCAGGCUCUGCAGAUUCUAGCACAGCUCUGACUUGUUCCAGUGAGUCAAGAGAGCCAAGCUUUGACUUCCUCUUCCUGGACUCAAGGCUUUUCCUCGGCUUUCUUCCUUUACCCCUGCGCAGUAGCUACUGGUGCUGGCAUAAGUUGACCCGGUCCACCCAUGGGUGUCCGCCUCCUGUCAGCUUUCCAUUAAGGGCCACCCAGCAGGUCUGGCUUCCCAGAAUACCGGUCAACAUGGAGCUUGUCAUGUCUGGAAGAGCUGAUGAGUGCUGGGAGAGAGGGUGGGGGGCAGGGGACAAGGAAAAUUGCUACCUGAUUUGCUGAAGAUUUUUCCUCUUGCCUUAUACUUGGAGGUUCUGGGAAACCUCUUGCAGAACUUCACACAAGACUCUUCAAGCCACACCCACCUGAAAUCAAACCAAAGGAGUGCUGUGGCUCUCCCUGCCCUGCCACCCCUUACCCUAGUCUUUUGUAGAUUGCACUAAUUUACAUCCCAGUGAGAAUCAACACUGUAUCAGUCCCACAGACCAGAGCUGCAGCCAACUCUAGGAGCUAGGACCUAGUACUUGCAUUUUCAGUUUCUUCCAUUGCCCAGAGAUUUGUUCUCACCUCAUGCUCCCUACUAGAGAUUGAUCAGGAGGCUGGGUCCCCUGUUGUCCUGGCAUGGGGUCUAGGCUUUUGGAGGCCUGGUUAUUUGUACCUUGUUUGUACCAAAGAGGAGCGUGGGGAUUGAGGAGAGUGCAGUGUGGUUGGGUUUGGGCCCAACACUGGGAACCUGCCAGCCAAGCACUUCUACAAGGGCAUGCUCCAGGGGCAUAUGCUGUGGAAGGUGGCACUGGGUCCUCCCCUAGAGAGGGGUGACACGGGUCCAGGAGUCUGAGAUGGCACUGGGUGAGUACAGUCUGGCACAGGCUACAGUGGGAGGUGGAAGUGAACCCUGAAGGCAAAGUCCUAGCAACUUCAGGUCCAGGUCCUGAUUCUUAGAAGAUAAGUUGUUCCUGAUGGGUAAUUGGGCUGGGUGAGGACCUGAAGGCUUCAGGGGUUAAUUUUUGUUUUGGAAGCUGUGUCCCAAACCCAAAAGGAAGACUUUGUAUUGAAUAAGCUCUUUGGAGGAAGGCAUGUAUCUGGAGGAGCAAGGUGUAAGAGGUCAGCAGAGUGGUAGUGGACCCAUUGGAGCCUGCUCUUUCUAGGGUGCUGCCAAGAAACCCAGCCUCACCCCCAGGAAAGGAGAGAAGAAUCCUAGGAGGCAGGGGCUGCUGCCAGAUGUUAAAUGCUUUUGGAAUCUCUUAGAUGUGGAAAUAUUUUUUCGAACAUGAAAUUGCAGCUAGUAGAAUUUCAAUGGAAGUAUAAUCCAUGUAAAAUAUAUUUUAGUUGAUAUUUUGUAAAAUGCACUUUUUGUGUGUGUCGAUCCUGGUUUCCCAGAUCUGUAUUUCAGUGUUUACAAGGGAGGGGGUACCUUUCCUCACCUCCCUUCUGACAGAGAUUAGAAGUACUUCUUUAAGAAAAAUAAAUAAAUUUGAGAAAUUGUAUUGAUUUAGAAAAGAA